AUGUUGCAAGGUUCAUAUGUACCCUGUUUUGCUUCGAUAUCUCGACAUUAAAAGGCAUUAAAAAAACAAAACUAACAAGCUAAAGAGAAAAAUGACUACAAAAUUGACAUAACAGUAAAUCCAAUUUGAUCAGAUGAAUUCAAACAAAAUUCCAACCAUACAUAGAAAUUCAAAGCUUACAGAAUGUCGUAGCUUCAAAAUCUAACCUGCCAAAAGCUUUAGUAUUCUUAAAAUGAUAACGAAUAAACCACAAUCUAAUAGCACCAAAAUUGCAUUAGAGAGUUUCUAAACACACGAACUCUUAUCAAAGUAUAAUGUCAAAUGUUCAAUAUACCUGUAAAUCAAUUUUGGUAUAAUGUUCAACUACUUGUCAAAAACAUAGUACCCAGUAAUCACAAGAAAAUGGAUAGUUUUUCUAAUCAUUCCAUCUAAAGUUUAAAAACUCUACCAUUAGUUCAUUCAACAAACAUUCUUCAAAACUGAUGGUUGCAUAAGGUGACCAAAAUUAAUCUAACAAAAAAAAUAUAAAAAAAUAUGGAACCCAUAUGAGAUUAAAACCCCAAAUCUGAAUAAAAACCCUAAUUUUCGGAAUUAAAUUUGUUCCCCCAGAACAAAACCAUAAGAAACUUCGUUCAAGAACAUACCAGGUCUAAGCUUUUGUCCGACGAUUUUGGUGUUGGCGUACGAAGACAUCACUAGACAAUUUCCACCAUUAACAGUGAUUAUGGAUUUUGCAAGGAGACGUGAGUUUUCUUCACCCCAUUUACACUACCAACGAAAAUGGCAACCCAAAUGAGCAAAAAGCGAAAGUUUGUAGCUGAUGGCAUGUUAUUUGUUAAACUAAAUGAGGUCCUAACAAGGGAACUUGCAGAGGAUGGUUACUCUGGUGUUGAGGUUAGGGUUACCCCUAUCCGCACAAAGAUCAUCAUCAGAGCCACUCGUACUCAAAACGUUCUUGUCGAGAAAGGAAGAAGAAUAAGGGAGUUGACCUUACUUGUUCAGAAGCGAUUCAAGUUCCCAAAAAACAAUGUGGAGCUUUAUACUGAAAGAGUUAACAACAGAGGGCUUUGUGACAUUGCCCAGGCUGAAUCUUUGUGUUACAAGCUUCUUGGAGGCCUUACUGUCCGUAGGGCUUGCUAUGGUGUUCUGAGAUUUGUGAUUGUGAGGUGAUUGUGAGUGAGAAACUUAGGGCUUAGCGUGCGAAAUC